UUUUAGAUAUUUCAAAUGUUUAUAUCAGUCCUCUGUAACUUGUGCUGCUUGACACUCUGUCCUGUUUCUGUCAAACUCCAAAGCGACUGCAGUCCCCCAUGAAGGCCGUCGCACUCUUCCUGACAUCAAACCAUUCCAGUUUCACCCCGUGCCCUAAAGUCACAGACCCUUUCAGAAAGGAACCAGAAUCGGCUUCCUUUUGUUAUUCAGAGUCAGGGGGGACUGGGAUUGGACCGGUGAGGGUCUGCCCCUGCUUUCCCGUGAUCGGGGAGGCUGGGCAGAGCGGCCGCUCCACAAACAGCUCAACACUUUGCAGGAGCGCCGGCAGUGAGUGAGUGAGCACAAUACAGGACAGAGCCACUGUGGGAGACGGGACUCAGGAACAACGGUGCAGCCAAGGAGACCGCUGAAACACUCUCCCCCAAAUCCCGCCACUGCAGAGAAGGAGAGCACAGCAGCAACAAAAGCAUUCUUUGCUUUCAGCCCAAAAGCAAAAGAAAAAAAAAAGCCCUUAACAAUAAGCGGAGCAGGAUCAUUCGCUUAGAAGCAGAAAUUGAAGGAGAGAGGCGUGAAAGCAACAAAAUCAGUGCAGCUUCUUCCAGCUCGUCUGAGGCGUUGCAGAGCCGCAUGAAGGAUACAUGCAGCUGGGGACACCAAGAAGCAGGAUGAGAGCGACUCCCAGGAUCACAUGGCCUCUAGUUCUGAGUUUUCUGUUUCACAGCAUCUGCUCAGGUCAAGAUACAACUGAUACUCCACUGCUCACAUCUGCGCAAACUGCUGUUUCCAGCGCGGCUCCUGGAAGCACAAAACAACCAUCAAGUACCAAUGCCACCAUGGUGACACAGAUCAACACUGUUACAGUCCCCAAACUGGCUGCGACUAUAGCUCAGUCUGUCACAGACAACCACGAGGGGACUCUUCGGAACACUGCUACUACUCCUGCUGUGACCCCAGGCCUUACUACAGCUGGAGUUGCUUUCACUCAGCGCCCCCCUACGUCUGCUUCAAUACAAACCAUGGGCUCACAGGAGAGCAUGACCAUAGCGCCCAGUAAGACCCCCACGGAGACACCUGGAGUGACUCAAGGUUUUGACAUCAAGACCCCCACUGUGAUCGCCACAUCACUGAGCCCUUCAGCCAAGAACCAGACAGUAGGCAGCGGAGUAGUUUCAGCCACAACAGCAGCCACUACACCACCACCACCACCACCAACUGAAGCCAAAACACCAUCUAAAGCCCCACCACCACCACCACCGCCACCACCAACUGAAGCCAAAACACCAUCUAAAGCCCCAACACGACCACCACCUGUGACCACACCCUCCAUCAUCGCCGCCAGUCCGGCCAAGAUAGAACCGACCCAAACAGAGGCUUCACCCACCCUAGUUUGGACAGAGCCUCUGCUGAGCGGCAGCCCCAUCGCCACGGCACCGCCUCCGUCUCAAAAGUUUGAGUUUCCUCCACCAAGCGGACAGAUGUUGACAAAGGAGCAGAAGAUUCUGGGAGAGGUGUGCAAGCGGCUGUUCCCUGACUGGAGGAGUGGGACUUGUCAGUUUGAAUGGCACCAACAAAACGGUCAAAUACAGUUUGAGAAGAUCGACAUUAGCGUGAACAGCAGCCUUGCAGACAACUACUAUGAAGAGAUCACCAAGCCCACAGACAACAAAACCCUCAUUGCCAUCUUGGCCUCGUGUGGCUCGCUGCUCAUCAUGAUCAUCAUCCUGGCGGUUUGCGCCUCGCACCACCGCAGACCGUACAACGAGAACCAGCAACAUCUGACUGAGGAGCUUCAGGCGGUGGAGAACGGUUACCACGACAACCCCACCCUGGAGGUGAUGGAGGUACAGCCGGAGAUGCAGGAGAAGAAGGUGACGCUGAACGGCGAGUUCAACGACAGCUGGAUCGUCCCCAUCGACAACCUGUUGAAGGAGGAGAUCCCCGACGAGGAGGACACCCACCUGUGAGGAGCACGCCGGGACACAUUCGUAGACAUAAAGCCAACAGGACAAAGUGCCUCUCUGCGCACCAAUCAGUGGUGGCUGAGAAACUGUGUGAUGUUUCUUUUCCAUUUUUUUUUUUAAAUAUUAUGGUCUGUUUUGUUGCCCGUGUUCCUGGAGCAACAUGGUCAAUGUGCUCUUCUUAAAGCCCAAAGGGAGCUUCAUCAGGAAGAGAGAGGGCAUCAGUAGCUCCUUCUAUACACUGACGAUUUCUUACCCAAUCAAUUCUUCUUUAUUUUGGAACAAAAGGCCUUCUUCAAACUUCAUCUGUCCAAAACGAAGAUCUUCGUCUGAUCUUAUAUGAAUUAUUUUCACAAAUUCAGUUGGAAUGUUUAGGUAAAAAAGCAGUUUUAGAAGUUUCUGGACACAUCCGGUCCACUAGUCGGGAGUCGAACUCCUCUUUUUCCAGAGGAACGGACAGUUUUUCUUUCUGCUUCAAGGCAGAGGUAAACUAGUAUAGACACAACUAUUUUCCAACUGAAUUUUUGAGAGGCUAAUUUCUUUUAAAGUAUUAUCGGCCUUUGUGCUCACAAUUUAUACUCAUUAAAGAGUGACCAAACCCUAAAUCAACUUUUUUAGUCUGUUGACCUCUAUAAUUGGGGCUUUAAAAUUGCUGUCUGUUGCCAUUUUUUUGACAAAUUAAAAUGGUUUAAUUCUUGAAAAUAUAGUCAAAAACCAUUUGUAUGCUGCCCCCUAUAGGUUGAAACGAGGUAUUACAGUUGGAUUUUGUGAUAGGUCAAACCAUUUAAGUCCCACGAUGAUCUUCACCUCUAGUAAUGGUAACAGUCCUGUCCCUCAAGCUCCACCCCUCUGACUGGAUCUUCACAUUUCGGCUGUGGGUGGAGUCAGCCUCCAAGUUCCCUGUUUGGUGACCCUUUAAAGUCUCUGAUCCUCCUCUGAUCUAUUGUCGAAGCGUUUUCCAAAAAUUGUGUGCAACAUCGUACGGUUUUUAUCCAGAUUCCAGCUCAGAUGAGGAAAAACGAAGACGUACAUGGAUCGAUUUGUCUGCAAGUGGAUGCAUCAGAAAGGGGCGGAGCUUGUGGCCCCCUGAUUGGAGCAGCUACGUUAUGUCUACAUAAGAAAUACUCCGAAAUGCAGAUUUAGUCUUCAUCUUGAGACAAAAGCUGCCUGAAAAAGUUUUCUUUGGAGAAUCUGGUUCAUUAUCAGAUUAGAAAAAGAACUUUUACUUUGAAGUAUCAACAUGGUAAAAAUGGGGUAAUCCUGACAGAUGAAGAAAAAUGAUUUUUUUUUCUUAAAAUCUUCCGUAAUUUCAGCUGAAUUAUCAUUCUGUCCAAUCAUGGUGUUGUACGCUCCGUCAGGUCAACACAGAGUAUCACAGCUUUCUACUGUAGCUGCUGCUAAUUUUGGGUAAGAAAUGCAGAAAACAGUCAGCUGGUAAAAUCUGGUGAAUAAGCAACAGUAGCAGAACAUUUUCACCGGUGUAGGUUCUUCCAUUUACAGACAAUAAUCACGAGAUUUUCUUUCCAAUAAAGCGUUAAAAUGUGUAUGUACUUUUACUGGUGUGAAAGGGUGUUCCAGUCCUGCAUGAGUCUGAAAUGUCUUAUUAUUGUUCACAUAAUCACGUUAUCUUUGUAUUUAAGGUUUGUUUGCUAAUGAAGCAGAACAACAGGGGUCUGACACACUGGAAAAUGUACAUUUUUGACCUGUUCUUGUACCUUUUCAGAUUUGAUAAUAAAAAAAGAAUAUGAAAAAAAAAACA